GUAGCCCAACAUAUUACUCCCUUCGAAAAACAAACCGUGUGUCUAAAUUCAAUCUAUGCGAUCUCGGGGCUUCCGAUGAAAAGCUUUGUGUCCAAGGCAGUUUUCUUGUUUGCUUCACUCCGACGACAGCGCGCGGGUGCCUGGACUUCGCCACUUUCGGUGCGCCGACGAUGCCCACGAGGCCACGGAUCCUAUCCUACGCAGUGUCUGUCACACGCCAGUCUACUGUCGGUAGCGGAAUGUCUAGAAUUGUACCAUAAUUCCACACGUAGCGGGGAACGUAGCAUCCGCUUUGUCGACGGUUCUUGGUAUCACAAGGGAAAUCGAAAUGGCUUGUUCGAAUUCCUGAACGGACCCCGUCUACCCGACAGUGUUUACAUGGACAUGGACGACAUUAGUUGCCAGACCGACCUUUUUCCAACUCUCAAUCCCUCCGAUCUGUACCUGAUGCAGCCACCGCGAGCCUUGUUGAGUGCGUGGAUGGACUUUUACAAAAUUCGUCGUACAGAUCAAGUGAUUGUGUACGGACGUUCCGGCAGUGUCUUUUUGCCUCGCACUUGGUUUACCUUGCACGCUGUGUUAAGUCACGUCAGGGUAAGUAUAAUGCAAGGCAGUUUAGAAGACUGGAUGCGCGCGGGUGGUCCACUAGAUGAAGGAGUAUUGGAACAGUCCAGCAGCGUAGUUAGGGCGGCUGAUCUCGACUGGGAACAACCGACCAGGUACGACAGCAACAGCCAGUCACCGAGCGAACAGGCCGUGGUCAGCAUCGUGGACGCGAACUACAUGCUUUAUGUAAUAGGGGACAACAAGUGCAGUACGAAGAUCUUGGACGCGCGGGGUUCCAGUUUUGCAGCGGGUCACAUGCCCGGUGCGGUCCACAUUCCGUACAGUAGUUUGUUGGUAGAUCCGACCAGCGGAAGUCAAUACAAACCGGCUGAAGAAAUGCGGAAGAUAUUUCUUGCGCAAGGUGUGGAUCCCACAGCGAAUACUCCUCUUGUGUGUUCGUGUGGUAGCGGCGUUUCGGCGUGUAGUCUCUAUUUGGCGCUACACGUUUGUGGACGUUCUCCGGAGCAAAGCACCAAGGUGUACGACGGCAGCUGGAAUGAGUGGAAAACGCUGCCUUACACACCGAAAGAACAAGUGCCGAAAAAGUGA